AUGAGCCACCCUUUACCGCACAGCGACGACCUGGACUCUUCCGUUCUGAAACCCCGUCCCCGCCGACCCUUCGAACUCACUUCCCCCACCAACUCCGCUCCUGACACUCCUACUUCCGACGCACAAAGCUUAUCGGAGAAGAACCUCGAACCGCUGAACACCGCUCUCAACAACCAUCUUCGCUCCAGCAACAUAGUGUCACCUAUGGCAGCCGACGGCAGCGCGACACCCUCCCGAACGCGAAGCUUCCUGAAUCUCACGGCUUCCACCCUCUUUGGAAUCUACCAGCCCGCAGAUCUCGGUACAGAGACGGAGAAUCCUACACCAUGGGGCACGGGAGCCGAGACGCCCGCAGAUAGCAGGAAUGGCAGUUUCGAUUUCGCAAGAGUGAACCUACCGGAUACAGUAUUUCUAAAGGGAGCAGACGGCAAAUUAAGAAGAAAGAGCACGGCGCCGCAGUUGAGCAGAUAUCAAAAACCGAGGAGAGGAUUUAAAGGAUUCUUUCUCCCGCUGGCUGCGAGAGUGACGGCACUGUUCGGUAUUGGAAUGCUGUACGGUUUGCUGAUAUCACAUUUACAUGACCGGCAAAAGAUUGCGCCGGUCCCGAUGGAUCUGGAUCGCACACGAUGGAGUUACCUGCUUAGCUGGGGAUGCAUAGGUGCACUUCUGGGCGAGGCACUACCUUGGGCAGAUGUUUUAUGGCAACCGGAAGAUAACGCAGUGGAGGAUGAUGAACAACAGAGGAAGAACGGGAGAGCAAUGGAUGCCUGGAUGGACGUCGUCCGAUCCAUGGGUGCCUUCAUCGGCAUUGCUUUCGCCAUUCGCAAGCUGCCAUGGCAAUCGACACUCCAACUGUCUCUGACCCUGGCACUCGCGAAUCCUGCCGUUUGGUACCUAAUCGACCGGUCACCACCGGGCUUCAUUGUCUCGACGAUAGUCGCCCUGAGUGGUACUGCGGUCCUUCUCGGUACAAACCCGGCACUGGUGCCUUCGCCUUCGCCAUGGCAGUUGCUGCAGGGACACGCUGCCAAGAACGGUGGAUUGAACGACACUUUGAAAGGUGUUGCAGAAAGCGAGGAGUUCGUGUUUGGGAUCUUCAGCCAGGAGUCGGUGGGCGUUGCAACUUGGAUUGCUAGCGUUUUGUUCGUGAGCUCCGUCUGCUUUGGCAAUAUUGGGAGGCGAUUGGCACCGCAGAGAGCAUAG